CUAAUCAAUCGAUAUUUGAAGGUGGCGGAGUACACAUUGAAAUAAAAUAAUCAAAAAGGUGCGGAAUUUCAUUCAAUACUAUUGUGCAGACAAAAAUUUCUACGUUCCGUAUAAUUAAAUGUUAAAAUAUUAAAGUCGUUAAGGAAAAAACAUAUUAGAGAUGAAUAGCAAUAAAGUGUUUGGCCUGUUAAUAAUCUCCGUACUCUUGGUUAGUGCAUUGGAGCCCACUCCAAGUUCGGCGGCAAAAGUAAUAUUUUAUGGACCCCCGAAAGUGUUGCACUCUCAGCUCUUGACAAUGGUGUCGCGGAAAGCGCCCUGUCCCAAGGGCAAAAUAAGGGAUCAUCGUAAUAUUUGUAGGAAAGCUCUCACAUUUAGUAGAUUGGCACCUAGAUAAGACUAAAGUUGGAACGAGUAACUGCUACGAGGGUAUUACAAACGUCCCAAAGUAUUGAAUUGAAUACUAUAUGCAAAAAAAUAAUUUAAGGCUAUAUAAACUUUGGCAACAAAAAAAAAAUUAGCUUUGCCAAGGGUUUAUGAAUCUCCGUUUGAGAACCUUUAUGAAAGAAACAUCCUUGUGACAUUUUUUAAAGUUUCAACCAUAGUUUUAAUGAAAUUUUGUACAAAAUGCAUAUAUUUUUUAUAGUUUUUAUAUAUUUAUUUAUUUAUUACCAUAACAUACCAAAAUAACUCGAACGACAAUGUCAUCUAAAAACCAAAAAUUAACAAACGAACUUUGAGCCAAUGUUGCCU